AUGUAUAUGUCUCCCCAGUUGCAAGACUCCGCUCCGUCAAAACCAUUGCUGCCGACUGCGGUGCUGCCUGCUCAUCUUCAUUCUUCUCCAAGCUUCUGCGAGCGAUUGUUUGUUUUAAGCGGUGAUGGUGAUGGUGAUGGUGAUGGUGAUGGUGUUGGUGAUGAUUUUUAUACUUUGCGACGCUUUCAUUACCAACGGAUAUACACAGUGAAGAAGAUUCGAACGAAUCUGAAACGAGACCAGUCACUGUCUCUUUCGAUCAAUUCAAACGGAUCUCUUUUUGGGUUUAGAAGGAAAAUGGAGGCGAAGAAAGAAGAGAUAAGGAAAGGGCCAUGGAAGGCAGAAGAAGAUGAAGUGCUUAUCAAUCAUGUCAAGAAAUAUGGACCCAGAGACUGGAGCUCCAUUCGAUCCAAAGGCCUUCUGCAGCGAACCGGAAAGUCAUGUCGCCUUCGUUGGGUCAAUAAGCUUCGACCCAACUUGAAGAAUGGUUGCAAAUUUUCGACAGAGGAGGAGAGGGUGGUGAUAGAGUUGCAGGCACAAUUUGGCAACAAAUGGGCGAAAAUAGCGACGUAUUUGCCAGGGAGAACUGACAAUGAUGUGAAAAAUUUCUGGAGUAGCAGGCAGAAGAGACUGGCUAGGAUUCUUCAUUCAGCUGCGCCCUCCAGUUCCAAGUCACUGAAGGUCAAGAGGGACAUUCUUGCCUUCCACUAUGUUCCGUCAGUGGAGGUAAGUAGACAGAAUCACCAUCAUACGCUGUUAUUCUCAAGUAAAUUUUUGAUUCAAAUGGGAAUUGAGAAAUUAAUAUUUGCUUGUGGGAUUUUGCUAAUAUGGUUCAAUCUAGUACUAGCAGUCUUCUUCUGGCCUGAAUUAGUGUUGUAUAUUCUUACUUCUUUUCCUGUGGAAAAUUUUAAGGCCCCAACAUUCAGUUCUUCUAUGGAGGAAGAAUCAUCGUCAAAGGUUCAGUCAUGUUCAUCAUCCUAUGUCGAGAACCCAGAAGCUGUCAGGACAAUGCCAUUACCAGAAAUGGUCAAGCCUGACUUGUUUAGUUUCGACAUUAACCAUUUCCAGCUGGAGCUUAAUCCUACUGAGAAAGACAUGUUCAUUGAGUCACAGUCACAAGUCUCCUUUCCUCAGAUUCCACAACCUCAAUCAGGCCUCGAAUUCUCGCCAGAAAGUCAAGAGCUCUUGUCCAGACUCCAGGACCCUUACUUUCUCGACAUGUUUGGACAGGCGCACGCUCCUGAACUUGGCAAUGGAUCACAACUUUCUCUUGGACCACCUUUCUAUGACCCUGUAGUAAGUUGUACAAGUGCUGCUGGUGCUGCUGCAAUGGAUGGAAGCAGCAACCACCCUGCAACCCCAUUUACCUUCUUUGAUGACUUCCCUGUGGAUGUGUUCGAUCAGAUUGAGAAGCUUCCUUGUCCAUCAGAUUGGUGAUUAUAGUACUUCAGAGGCUCUUUUUAUAUCAGUAAUGGAUGAUUUCUAACUUGUUUCUUUUGCUGCGAAAUGUGAAGCAACUAAGCAAGAGUCUUGUUUACCUGUAGUUCCGAUUUCCGAGUACUAGAAUGGUAUUCUACGAAUGUGUCUCCA